AUGGCGAUGAAACGAUUGACACAAGAGUUGGGCCCUCUGCAGAAAGAAAAAUGGGUGCUCAUCUACCCCGACGAGAGGGACAUGCAGCGUUGGAGGCUGGGCCUCUGGGUGGUCAACCCCGACAGCGUCUGGCAUGGCGCUUACCUCAAGGCCGAAAUGAAGUUCCCAAACGACUACCCCUACGCGCCGCCGACCUUCCGCUUCCUGACAAAGAACAUCACCCACCCAAACGUCUACGCCGACGGCGACCUCUGCAUCUCGAUUCUUCAUAAGCCUGGCGACGACAUUACAUCCGGCGAACUGGCCAGCGAACGCUGGAACGUUCUCCACGGCGUCGAGUCGGUCCUUCGCUCUGUCCUCCUGCUACUCGACGACCCCGAGAUCAACUCCCCCGCGAACGUCGAUGCAGGCGUCCUCUACCGCGAUCGACGCGCAGAGUAUGACGCGAGAGCGAAGCAAAUUGUCGCCGAAUCUCGAAAGAGCGUCCCUCCGGGUGAGCGGAUGCCUACGGCAGAGGAGCUGGCGCCGAAACCAGUCGCGUCCGUCGACGACGAUGCUGACUUUUGGAAUAUGACGGAUGAAGAGGAUGAAUUUGGCGGCAGCGACAGCGAUGCGGACGACUUUGAGGAUGAUGAUGAUGAUGACGACGACGAUAAGAGUCGUUGA